ACGUGGAUUAAGAGGGUGAUUACGUGGAUUAAGACUCGAAUGGUAAAAGAAAGCGACGGCGUUUUGGGGUAUUGAAAACGACGCCGUUUUGUGUUUUCAGAAACUAAAACCCUUUUCUUCGUUGAAGUCGCGACAGAAGGGAAGCAUCAAACUUUGAGAAAGACGAGGGAGAAAGACGAGAUUGAGAGAAGAGAAUCGCUAAUGUCUAGCUCAUCUAACCUUAAUUCUUCGUAUGGUACAGCAAUGAGUGCGAAUCUGAGUCGCCGUAGGGUUGAAAAAGAAAGAGGGUUUCCGAGUUUUUGUAAGAAGUGUGGAGAAGCUGCUAAGAUUUUCACUUCUAAGACCAUCAAAAACCCAGGAAGACUUUUCCAUGGUUGUCCUAAUGGGAGUGAAGAGGAUAAGAAUCAUUUGUUUAAAUGGACUGAUGAAUCUGCUGUAGAAGAAAUUGAAGAUAUGAAGAGCCAUUUGGAGCUUCAGUCUCAGAGAUGUGAAGAUGUAACAAGAAGCUAUGACAAAAAAAUUGAAGAUUUGGGUGAUGCUCUAGCUGGAUUUGGGAAAGAGAUGAAAGAGAUGAAAGAGUUGGUUGAUGGGUAUGAGAAAGAUAUGAAGAACUUGAAGAAGAUGGUUGUUUGUGGAGUUGGAAUGAUGGUAGUGUAUUACUAUUUUGCUAUGUAGUUGUGUGCAAGAUUGGACUGAAUGUUCUCAAUUUUCGGAUAGAAAAUUCAUCUCGGAUUGUUGGUUUUUCUAGGUGUUACGGCUUGUAUUAUGAACGAGAACCUAUUAGGAAUUUGUCUUCUGUUAUAAUAUAAGAAGUUUGUUGCAAGA